ACGUAGUGACCGUCCUUUUUUGAUUCCGCUCGGCCAUGAAGGGAGCUGCUGUCUCACGUUCAUCGACCCUAUGCCUGACAUUCAACCACUAAUAGAAGAUGAUAUCCCGAGAUAAUGAGUUUGCUGAAAAAUACAAAAAGCUCGUGGAAAGCCGUGAACGAUACACAUCUAUAAAGAGCAAUCUCGAUACCCACUUGAGCAACGUCUCUCAACAAGCGCAAGAAACAGCAGCGUCUUUAAAGGAUAUACAGAUCGAACUAGAGAGUUACAACGAAGAAAAAAGGAAUAGAAAGGAUACGUGGGAAGCAAAGCGAACAGCUUAUCUCGAGGAAGUGCAGUCCAAGCAAAAGUCUUUUGAUUUGGGACAUCGAAGGGAACUCGAUAAGCUGGAGGAAAAAUAUGCAAAAUUGACUCGCGAAUCGACUUAUGCCAAUCUUGUAGGUACCAAUACAUGGAACUACAAGUAGUGACGGACAGAGAGAGUGAUAUUAUACCCCACAAGCAUUGCUUCUUUUAUGUUUUAUGCCUUAUUCACGUUAAUAAAAUAUGCCAGCACAUACCAACGCGUAAAUCUUUCUAUCGGCGCUUGCC